GCCAUAGCUAGCGUUCAAUUCAAUGCACUCUUGAAAAUCAACUUUGGAACGGAACUUCUAACUUAAAAGGCAAAGAUUUCAAGAGACGGGGACUGCAAAUUGGGUCUCUGGAAAAUGUCUUUGAUCCAGAAAGGAGGAGGCGCGUCUGCUCUGCAAGACGAGAAAGAUGUGGGGACUGUGGCGGCGCCCGUCAGAUUACCGGCGUAAAACAUGCUCGCCUACCCACUCCCACUCUCUUCCGCCGCUUCCUCCGUCGCAAUCGCUCCUCUCCCCAGCAGAUUUCUCAACCCAAUCUCCAACAAGAUCAUCCCUUCCCUCAUACCUUCCCCUCCGAAGUUUAUCAUCUCCGAUUUCCGACCCAGCCCCUUCUGUUCCAAUUCCGAUUUCACACCACUAGAUUCCAAGGAUGAUGACGAUGGUUACUAUGUUUUAGACAAAGAGCCAGAAUCGACAGAGACGUUAAGUGGAGAUGGAGUUUGCAUUGAGAUUAAGAGGAUUGGAAGGAAUUUUCGCAAAAUUCGGUCCAAAGUCGGAAUUGACGCCAGCCUCGACACGGUCUGGAACAUUAUGACAGAUUACGAAAAGUUGGCUGAUAUCAUACCGGGUCUGGUUGUCAGCAAAUUGGUCGAGAAGAAAGGCAAUAGCGCUCGGCUUUAUCAGAUUGCACAGCAAAACCUGCCAUUGGGGCUGAAAUUCAAUGCUAAAGUAGUUUUGGAUUGUUAUGAGAAAGAUCUUGAGAUUUCUCCUUUUGGGAAAAAGCGUGAUAUUGAAUUUAAGAUGGUUGAAGGUGACUUCCAAUGUUUUGAAGGAAAAUGGUCUAUUGAACAGCAUAUUUUCAAAAAGAAAUAUGAUGGAUUUGCUUUUGCAGUUAAAUGGGGGACAAUGUAAAGACAGUGAAGCCUCAUUUGAUCAAAACUUUCAGACAAGUCUUUCCUAUGCUGUUGAUGUAAAGCCAAAGCUGUGGCUGCCUGUUCAUUUAAUUGAAGGCAGAAUUUGCAGGGAGAUAAAGACGAACCUCACAUCUAUCGGUGAAGAAGCAAAGAAAGUGUUUGGUACCCUGCGUUCUCUUUAAUUGUCAUACAUUGGCCUGAUAAUUCGCUAUCUUUAUGCAUGUCCCCUCAAGUGCAAUGUAAUGUAUUAACGACCAAAUUUCGUAUUGAAAGCAUAAAAUAAUAUAACCAUUUCCAUUUUCUCACCUCACGCAUCUAAUGAAAGUUUUAGAUUAUUAUUGUGAGGCUGGUGUUUUCCAGUUUGGAUCGGAGCUGAAAUGUCUAUAAUUCCCUUAAUGAAUCUUUUUUGGCACAAGAAUUCAUUAUUAACAUUUCAACAAUAUUUCUUGAAAAAGUUUUAGAUGAUUAAACUUUUACUUUGAGAGAUGAAAAAUGAAAAGGAGUCAGCAGUGUGAACACACUGGCAAAAUGAUAGGUUUAUGUAUAUUUCCUUUCUAUGAUUGAUGAUGUUUAAUAUCAUUUUGGUGUGGGGGGAGAUGAAAUUUCUCUGGGGAAACAAACAUGGAAAGUGUAUACUUUAUUUCGGUCUAGGGCUAAACUUUAUCAAAAGUGACCUCACGAAGUCCAAUACUGUGGGGCUCCGCAAUCUGUGGUAAUGUGAGCUGCUUAGUUUUUAACUUUAACCCAGGUGAAGGAAAAGGAAGCAUAAUCCCUCCGCUGCUAAAUCCAGUGAUAAUUGGUCAGAAUACAGGGGGAGCUGGAGAACUGAUAAAGCUGAGGUUGACAAAGGAUCAACUUGGAUAGUGGGUCCUUCUCCAGGCCUGAGUCGCCCGACCCUGAUAAUGCAGGUGA